GGUAAUAUUUUAGAGAUGAAGCGGCGCAUCUUCCUUUUUAGCUAUCUUCGCUAAACUGUAAUUUUGGCGCCGAAUAUUCUAAGUUAUUUUGUUCCAUUUCAACGCGGGAGUCUGUGCUCUUGUGUGUAGAUGUUGGGCCUCUUUUAUGCCUUAACAAGCACUUUGAAUUCGGUAUCAGGUGAAGGAAACGUUUAAAGACAACAUGCAGCGGAGCAUCGCAUCCUUCUUUCAGCCCAAGACCAAGGAUAAAGACACUCCAAAGAAAACUGCAGAAAAAACAGUGAAGAAGCCUGUCAAGACCCCCCUCAAGGCGCAGAAUGGUGUCCAGGAGGCAGAUUCACCUGUCAAGAAGGUUUCCAAACGCAGCCGCCAAAUCCUGGACAGCGACGAUGACGAGGCGCCAGCUGUUAAAGAACCGGCUGCCACCAAAGGGAAAGCAGACAAAGAAGCUCCUGGUAAAACGGAAAAGAAGGACGACGUCUUCAAAGCAGUUCCCACCCCGCUGUCUCCACCGCCUGCCCCCGCCACGCCCGUUACCCCGGUAACGCCCGCCACUCCGGCCUCCUCGGCUUCACCAGGAACCCCCGACACUCCCAACUCCGUCUCCCCCUCUGGGAUCGUCAAACGCAAGACAGCAAGGAAGAUGUUCCCCAAGAGGAAGCUGGAUGAGAGCAGGAGCGGCAGUGAGGGUCAGAGAGAGGAGGCGGAGGCCGCCGAGGAGCAGGGUCACCAAAACAAACGUCCCCGGGUGGAGACGGGCGCCGAAGAGAGCACAGAGGAGCCCAUGGAGGAGGGAGAAAAGGAAGAAAGGGCUGAAAAGGCACUGACGGAGGCUAACGGCCAGGAUGAGGAGGUGGAAGAGAAGAAGAGCGCGAAAGGAGAGGCUGACGAGGAGGAGAACAAGGGCUCUGAGGAGGAAGAAAAGAAAGCUGAGGAGGCAGAAAAGAAAAGUGAAGCGAGGGAGAAGACAGACGAUGACAAGGGGCUCUCCGUCACCAAAGAGGAGGUGGUUGAAAAGGACACUGGAGACGGAAGAGAGAGCCCCAAAAGUCAGAUGUUUGAAAAAAAGCCGAGAGAGGCACAGGAGCAGAAAGAUAAGGAGCCGGCCAAGAAAGCAUCCAUCAGCAGUUUCUUUGCUCCCAGAAAAGCAGCUGUGAAGAAAGAGAACCCGAAAAGGAGCGAUGGGGAGGAAAAGACGAGUCCAGAGAAGAAGAAGUCAGAGGAGGAGGAAUGUAAAGACAUAAAGGGGGAAUCCACCUCAGGACAAACAUGCUAUGAUCCGUCCAGACCAAACUACCAUCCAGUGGACCAUGCCUGCUGGAAGCAAGGACAGAAAGUGCCGUACUUGGCAGUGGCUCGAACCUUUGAGAAAAUUGAAGAGGACUCUGGCAGGCUGAGGAACAUCGAGACGCUGUCGAACCUGUUCCGCUCGGUGCUGCUGCUCUCUCCAGAUGACCUGCUGUGCUGCGUGUACCUGUGUUUGAACCAGCUGGGCCCGGCCUACCUGGGAAUGGAGCUGGGCGUGGGAGAGACGGUGCUGAUGAAAGCCAUCGCACAAGCCACCGGGCGACAGCUGGACAAAAUUAAAGCAGAAGCGCAGGAAAAGGGAGAUUUGGGUCUAGUGGCAGAGAGUUCCCGUAGCAACCAGCGCAUGAUGUUCCAGCCCGCCAGCCUGACAGUAGGGGGCGUCUUCAAGAAAUUGAAGGAAAUUGGCAACAUGAGUGGGAACUCGGCCAUGAAUAAGAAAAUCGACAUCAUCAAAGGCCUCUUUGUGGCGUGCCGUUUUUCGGAGGCCCGCUACAUAGUCAGAUCUCUGGCCGGGAAGCUGAGGAUCGGCCUGGCCGAGCAGAGCGUGCUCUCUGCUCUGGGUCAAGCUGUCUGCUUGACCCCACCUGGACAAGGUUUCCCUCCUAAUGUGAUCGAUGCGGGGAAGGGGAUGAGUGCCGAGAGCAAGCGGACCUGGAUCGAAGAGAAGAGUCUAAUUCUUAAACAGACUUAUUGCGAGAUGCCCAAUUACGACGUCAUCAUCCCAGUUUUGCUAAAAGAGGGCAUCGACCAGCUUCCCAACCACUGCAAGCUCACUCCGGGCGUGCCGCUAAGACCCAUGUUGGCUCACCCCACCAAAGGUGUUGGCGAGGUGAUGAAGAGGUUCGACGAGGCAGCCUUCACCUGCGAGUACAAGUACGAUGGAGAGCGCGCUCAGAUCCACAUUCUGGAAAACGGAGAAGUCCGAAUAUUCAGCCGCAAUCAGGAGGACACAACCGGCAAAUACCCCGAUAUCAUCUCCCGCAUUCCCAAGAUGAAGAAAGACUCUGUGGUGUCCUGCAUUCUGGACACAGAGGCUGUGGCCUGGGAUCCCGAGAGGAAACAGAUCCAGCCCUUUCAGGUCCUCACCACUCGCAAGAGAAAGGACGUGGACGCCUCGGAUAUCAAAGUCCAAGUGUGUGUGUUCGCCUUUGACCUCCUCUAUCUCAACGGCGAGUCCCUGGUGCGGCUGCCGCUGGGCCGGCGGCGGGCUCUGCUGAGAGAAAGCUUCUCGGAGGCGGAGGGAGAGUUCCUGUUCGCCUCCUCCAUGGACUCCAGCAACACUGACGCCAUCGCCGAGUUCCUGGAUCAAUCUGUCCGAGACUCCUGCGAAGGCCUCAUGGUGAAGACUCUGGAGAAAGAUGCAACCUAUGAGAUUGCCAAGCGCUCCCAUAAUUGGCUGAAGCUGAAGAAGGACUACCUGGAGGGGGUGGGCGACACGGUUGACCUUUGCGUGAUUGGGGCCUAUCUGGGCAAAGGCAAAAGGGCGGGCACCUACGGGGGCUUCCUGCUGGCCUGCUACGACGACGAAAAUGAGGAAUUCCAGUCCGUUUGCAAGAUUGGGACGGGCUUCAAGGAUGAAGAUCUGGAGCAACAUUACAAGUUCUUAAAGGAGCACAUCUUGCCCAAACCCCGGGCCUACUACCGCGUGGACCAGGCGGCGGAGCCCGACGUGUGGCUGGACGCCGUGCAGGUCUGGGAGGUCAAGUGCGCCGACCUCUCUCUGUCGCCCGUCCACAAGGCCGCCAUGGGAUUGGUCAGUUUCCAUUAUUAA